AUGGCCGGAGUUGUUUCCAGCGCGGUUGCAGAGGAAAUGGUCAAGAAAUUGAUUUUCACCGUUUCCCAAGACUCCCUUUUGGCAUGGAAUGUCCAAGGGGUGCUGAAAAAGCUUCAGGGAAGCUUAACAGUCAUCCAAUACUUUCUUCGGGACGCCCAAAGGCAGCAACUGCACAGUUCAGAGGUAAGAAGCUGGCUGAAGAGGCUUAAAGACGUAGCGUACGAUGCAGAUGACCUGUUGGAUGAGUUCGAGUAUGAAGCUUUAUGCUGUAACAUGGAGAUCCAGAAUACCCAGGACUCCAUCGAGAAUGAGGUACGUGACACCUCUUCCUUCAGCAACCCAAUUGCAUUUAGUUUCGAGAUGGCUUGUAAACUGAAGGAUAUAAAUGGGAUCUUAUAUGGUCUAAUUAGGGAUGCUGUUAGCUCAUCAGUCCAACUUCAAAUAGAACCCAUUUCUGGGGUUGGAGUUGGAGGGAGGGAAAGUGGUUAUGUGUCUGCAGAUACAACCAAUCUGGGUGGAACAGGAAAGAUGGCACUGAAUGCAGUUAAGAGUACUCUAGGAGGUUUGAGAAGUGGGAGUGGUGAUAUUUGGGACAACAGUGGAGUCUCAGCUGAACUGAAGUUGAGAUAUGAUCGUCUGCCAUCACCUGUUAAGCAAUGUUUCGCGUAUUGCUCCAUUUUGCCCAAGGAUAGUACCCAUGAGAAGGAUACUGUAAUCAAGUUGUGGAUGGCGGAAGGAUUUCUUGAAGUAGCUGCAGCCAGUGGAAGUAAACUGAUGGAGGACAUUGGAGAUGAGUAUUUCAAUACGUUGGUAUCGAAUUCUAAGUUUGAAGUUGAAAGAAGAGACAAUUAUGGGGACGUUCGAUAUUUCAGAAUCGAUGGUUCUGUACAUGAUCUUGUGAAGUUAGUUGCAGGGAAGGAAUGUUCGACAGUGAAGGACAAGGAAGGUAGUAGCAUGGAAGGUGUUUCUGAGAUUCGUCGCCUGUCAGAUGAAAUAAAAACUGGCCCAACAUCUUUGCAUGAGGCGAAGAAAUUGUGGACUGUUCGUUCCACAGAUGUAUCGUCCUUGUUAUGUUUCAACUGUCUGCGUGUGUUGGAUUUGCGAGGGAUUGUGGUCAACGAAAUGCCGAGUUCAAUCGGCAACUUGAAACAUCUAAGGAAAGAGGAAAUGGGAUCGAACAAUUGA